AUGAGUCUCCGGAGAUGGGUACCAACUUUAAAAGAGAAGCUUGGAGCAGACAAGUUAGAAACGAAAAACACUAAGCGAGAAGUUUUGACCAAUAAACAUGGAACUUCGCUGUUUCUGUCGUGUUGUCGCGCGUGUCAGCUGCAGCUAGCAAGGAAGAUGGUGAAGGGACGCCAAGGAGAGCGCAUCAGACUCUAUGUUAGGGGUACGAUCCUUGGAUACAAAAGGUCCAAGUCAAACCAAUAUCCCAAUACAUCCCUGAUCCAAAUUGAGGGAGUGAACACCAAAGAAGAAGUAGGAUGGUAUGCUGGCAAGCGAAUGGCCUAUAUUUACAAGGCUAAGGUGAAGAAGAAUGGAAGCCAUUACCGCUGCAUAUGGGGCAAGGUUACAAGGCCUCAUGGCAACAGUGGUGUUGUUCGUGCAAAGUUCAAGUCAAACCUUCCUCCCAGAUCAAUGGGAGCACGUAUACAGGUGAGAAGUCGCUCAGUAGAAUUCACAACUUCUUUGUAG